AUGCCAAACAUUAUGAUGGGACGACUUUGGUUAGACUGGUUGAAGAAGCCGAGUCAAAGAUCCAGACACGCGAUGAGACUUUUCAGAUUGGUGGGGGUGGGAUUAUUGAGGAGGAGCCACAAAACUUGCGGGAAACGGGCUUUGAAAGGGUUCUGGUGGACGAUGAGCAUGCUGGCUUCAUGGGAUUGCUGGUACCGGAUGGAUUGUCUGGACUUACGACUAGGGAGAGCACAUGCAGCCAUGGGAUCCUUCGAAGAGGACUGGAUGGCGAGAUUCUGGGAUCAAAACCGAGAGAUCACCCUCGAUUUCUGA